AUGAGAUUCGGUUUCUACUUUCUGUUCCUGGCUUUGAUCUCGUCGGUCUGGGGGUUGCACCUGGAAAUUGCUGCUAUAGCCAAGAAUGAGCCUGUGUGCGUCAGGGAUUUUGCUGCUGAAGGCCAGUUGGUCGUCGUGGAGCUCGACAGCGACGGUAGUGACGGUGACGGACAGGAACUGUCCGUCAGCAUCCAAGACCCAAAUGGUAACGUCUACAGAACCGUCAAGGACUUUAUUGGCGAUCUCCGUAUUCCAUUCACCGCUUUAGGCGCCGGUUCCUUCGAUGUCUGUUUCACUAAUCGCUUGAUUAAUGGCAAAUCCGGGAAUAACAUGAAGAGAAUUGUCGAGAUGGACAUCGAAAUCGGCUCACAAGCAAGAGAUUGGAACAAAUUGAACGCAGAUGAGAAAUUGAAACCAGUCGAAUUGAAACUAAGACAGAUCGAAGAGUUAUUGGACGAGGUCGACGACAGAAUGUUCUACAUGAAGUCUAGAGAAGCCAGACUAAGAGACACCAAUGAAUCCACGAACGAAAGAGUCACUAGAUUCUCGUUCUUGAUCAUCGUUUUAAUCACCGCCUUGGCAGCUUGGCAACUGUCCUACUUGAAGGCCUUCUUCAAGGCAAAGCAUAUCAUCUGA